UAGAGUCCCCUAAGAAGAGGAUAGAGAGGGGGAACUUAAAAAACAUUUGAAGAAAAAGUAGCUAAAAUAUAUCCAAAUUCAGUGAAAAUUACAAGCAUGUAAAUCCAAAAGUUCAAAGAACCUUAGGUACAAGAAAGAUGAAGGAAACUAUACCAAGUCAUUUAUUAAUCAAAUUGCUUAAAACCAGUAAUAAAAUCUCAAAAUCGCUUAGAAAAUAUAUUCCUUAUGUUCAGAAAAACAAAGGCAUAGAUGACAGAUUUCUCACUAGAAACAAUAGAAGAAAAAAAUAGAGGUGCAACAUCUUUAAAGUAUUGAAAGAAAAAAAAUAUCAGUCUAGAAUUACUUUACCAUCAAAAAUAUUCUUCAAAUAGAAGAAUAUUGGAGGUGUCUGGGUGGCUCAGUUAGUUAAGCGUCAGAGUCUCAGUUUCACCUCAGGUCAUGAUCUUGUGGUUUUGUGAGUUUGAGCCCCGUGUCGGUCUCUGUGCUGAAGGUGCGGAUCCUGCUUGGGAUUCUCUCUCUUCUCCCUCUCUCUCUGCUCUUCCCCUGCUCAUGCUGUCUCUGUCUCUCUCUAAAUAAAUAAAUAAACUUAAAAAAAAAAAAAGAAUAUUGGGAUACCAAUUUUGACUAAUCACAGGCUUCACUUGCUGAAUGUCCAGUAAAACCAAAUGGGCAAAAUAUAUUAGCAGAGUUUUCCUUGUUUUUGUAUGUGAGAGAUUCCCUAGGGAGCCUACAUGUGAAAAAAAUUUUGGAUCAAAAGAAUUUCUUCACAUGAUUUCUGGAGAGGUGACCAUUAUCGUUUGCCUCAUUCAUUCAUUUGAGCAUUAUAAUUACAAACCUGUAGUAUAUCAUGGAAUUAAUUUGGACCAAACUGUAGAGAAAUUUAUACCACCCAGUCCCCCUGUUGUAUUUCUAAAGCAAGAGGUCUCUUUAAGGGCCAGUCUGACACCACCAUUCAUUAAUUAUACGUAUGACAAACUGAAGGUAAUUCAUCAAGCUCAUAAAUCAAACGCAAAUAAACUUGUGUUGAAUUUGGAAACUGGGAGACCCCUGGUGAAAGAAGGUAGCAUUCUGGAAGCUGCUAGAAUCAGCAAUGAAACUGAAAUUGCAUCCUUCCAUGAAGAGGAUUAUGAGAACUGCAAAGCUAAUCCCAUUUCAUCCUAGUGAAAACCUCACGGGGCUUCCUUUUUUGUGUGCCUGUAUUAAAUUCUUUUAUUCCACUAGUGAGGUUUUUGAAAUUAACAAACUUAAAAAUUUUUUUAAAAGACUUGUUUUGGAAAAUUACAUUUUCUUCAUGCAUACACAAGUUGCAAUGAUUCUUACUUAACACAGAGACCUGCAGUGCAAGACGUGUUAAGAGAAGUCCUUCACGUAGAUGUAAAUUAUAUCAUAUAGAAACCUUGAUCUACACACAGAAAGGGAAAACAACAGAAACUAACUACACGGGUAAAUAUAAGAACUUUCCUUUUUUACUUUGAACAAUUUUCUUGAAAAUAUAAUUAACUCUUUAAAAAAAUUUUUUUUGACAUUUAUUUAUUUUUGAGAGACAGAGAGAGACAGAGCAUGAGCAGGGGAGGGGCAGAGAGAAAGGGAGACACAGAAUCUGAAGCAGGCUCCGGGCUCUGAGCUGUCAGCACAGAGCCCGACGCGGGGCUUGAACCCACGAACCGUGAGAUCAUGACCUGAGCCAAAGUCAGAUGCUUAACCGACUGAGCCACCCAGGCACCCCUAAAAAAUAUAAUUAACUCUUAAAUAAGAAGUGAUAAUGUGUUGGAAUUAUAACAUUCAUAAAUAAAAUGUAUGAAAGAAAAGCAUAAAACCUUGUGGAAGAGAAUUAGAACUUCUCCUUUAAAUAAAUUUUGUAAAGAAAUUCUGUAAUUUUCUUAUAAAAGAAUUGAUAAAGUAUCAUCUAAAAGCAAACUGUGAUAAAUUUUUAAAGAGUAUGAUAUAUACCCUAAAGUAACAACUAAAAUAGCAUAACAAGAAUUUGUAGCUGUUAAACCAAAAAGGAGAUAAAAUGAAAUAAUAAAAAAAUGCUCAUUUAGUCUCAAGGCAGAAAAAGAGGAAAAGGCAA